AUGAAGCCAGAAAACAAUGUAACCCAUGUGAUCGAUCCAGACGGAAAUGUGACGAUCAUUCUGCAGAAUGCAAACAAACGCUUUGUCAGGUUCAUUGAGGGAUCCAGCCUCAAAAGGAAGCGCAAGACGCCACUUGUGACCCAAGAGUUCCGCAUUCUAGUAUCUGCAAGCCACCUCACUUCCGUCUCGCCAGUCUUCAAAAGCGCCCUUGAAGGAACAUGGAAGGAGGGCCUUACGCUCCGCAGUGCAGGCUCAGUCAAUAUCACAGUGGAUGGUUGGGAUCUGGAGGCACUUCUAAUUUUGUUGAGAAUCUGUCACUGCAAACACCACCAGGUUCUGCGAACGCUUGGACUUGAAUUACUUGCGAAAAUCACUCUUCUGGUGGAUUACUAUCAGUGUUUCGAUGUCCUGCGAUUCUUCGCGGAUACGUGGAUUAGCUGCUUAGCGCAGAGCUUUCCAACACAAUACUCGCGCGACGUGCUGUUAUGGGUGUGGAUAUCGUGGGCUUGGAAAAUGCCUGCUCUCUUUAAAAAGGCAACAGGGCUUAUUAUAAGCCAAGCUACGGGUUCAAUUACCUCGCUUGGUUUACCAAUCCCACAGAGGAUCAUUGGUACAACCAGCUACGUCGCUGCUUGA